AUCUUCUACUGCCUAUAAAUUCAACUCAUACUCAAACCAGAAGAAAAGCAAAAACCAGAACAGAAAUGGCGAAAGUUGGAAGAAUCAAAUUAGGAUCUCAAGGUCUAGAAGUAUCACAACAAGGUCUAGGAUGUAUGGGAAUGUCCGCCUUCUACGGUCCUCCUAAAGCCGACGAAGACAUGAUCAAACUCAUCCAUCACGCCAUUGAUACCGGAGUUACCUUCCUUGAUACCUCCGAUAUCUACGGUCCUCACACCAACGAAAUCCUUCUCAGCAAGGCCUUGAAAGGAGAUCAGAUAAGAGAGAAAGUAGAAUUAGCAACGAAAUUCGGUAUCAAUAUGGUUGAUGGUAACAGAGAGAUCCGUGGUGAUCCUGCUUAUGUUCGAUCUGCUUGUGAAGCUAGUUUGAAGCGUCUCGAUAUUGAUUGUAUUGAUCUCUAUUAUCAGCAUCGGAUCGACACUCGCGUUCCUAUUGAACUCACGAUAGGUGAACUGAAGAAACUUGUUGAAGAGGGGAAGAUAAAGUAUAUUGGUUUGUCUGAGGCUUCAUCUUCAACAAUUAGAAGAGCUCAUGCUGUUCAUCCAAUUACUGCUAUUCAGCUUGAAUGGUCUUUGUGGACAAGAGAUGUAGAAGAAGACAUUAUUCCAACUUGCAGAGAGCUUGGAAUUGGGAUUGUUGCUUAUAGUCCAUUGGGAAGAGGUUUCUUCUCAUCAGGUCCAAAGAUUGUUGAUUCAUUUGACCCUCAAGAUUUCAGAAAGUACUUACCAAGGUUUGAAGGUGAAAAUUUGGAGCACAACAAGAAAAUGUUCGACAGAGUUAACGAAAUAGCGACAAGAAAAGGGUGUACGCCAGGUCAGUUGGCAUUAGCGUGGGUUCAUCACCAAGGGAACGACGUUUGCCCCAUUCCGGGUACGACAAAGAUAGCUAACUUCAAUGAGAAUAUAGGAGCAUUAUCGGUCAAGCUAACACGUGAAGAGAUGACCGAGCUUGAAGAGAUCGUUUCGGCUGAUGCUGUGAAAGGUGAAAGAUAUGCUAGUGUCAUGGCAAAUGUGUCGUGGAAGAACUCUGAAACUCCUCCACUUUCGGCCUGAAAACUUUGAAUAACGCAAUUUCUAUGGUUAUGAACUACUCAUGUUGAAUAAGUUUGCAAAUGUUUACUUUAUCGAGGUUUAUCAUUGUUGAGUUUCUAAGUUUGUCAUUGGAAGCCAUUAAUAAAAAAAUAUUUAGAAU